AUGUCCACUAACGAACAAAUAACAUUCCAAAUCUACUUAUCUAUGGUCUGGAUCUCAUAUAUACUCCGUUAUAAACAAUUAGGUCCUAAUGGUGGUGGGUUUAUAGUUGGUUUAGUUCCUCAAUGGAGACGAUAUUGUAAAAAAUGCCAGAAUUUCAAACCACCAAGAACUCAUCAUUGUAAGACAUGUAAUCAAUGUGUAUUACAAAUGGAUCAUCAUUGUCCAUGGACGAUGAAUUGUGUUGGACAUGGGAAUUUACCUCAUUUUUUAAGGUUUUUGAUUUGGGUUAUAUUUACGUGUGGAUAUUUAUUUAUUCAAUUAUGUAAACGAAUUUUUCAAUAUUAUGAAGAAUCAGAUUUACCUAUUUAUUUAAUUAGUAAGCGGGAAAUGGUUGCUGUUAUAUUUUUAACUCCAAUUGAUUUUUUAGUAUUUGCUUCAUUGGUGAUUUUAUUUAUUAGAUGUAUUAUAAAUACAGUAUUUAGAGGGAUGACCCAAAUUGAAGUUUGGGAAUGGGAAAGAAUUGAAUCACAAUUUUAUACUGAGAGAUUAUGGAGUCAAAUUAGACAUAAUUAUUUUAAAUUACAUGGGAAAGAAUUACCAAAACUUUCAACUUGGACAACCACAAGAGUACGAGAUCUACCAGAAGAAGAGGAAGAAGAAGAACAUCUUCAACCACAACAGGACGAAGACAGAGACUCCCAAGAAUUAUCCUCAUCAGUCAUAGUCCCCCAAAAUUUCACAAUCGACGACCUAAUCUUCCCUUAUGAUCUCGGAAUAUGGAGAAACACCAUCCAAUCCUUCGGAUAUCCUUGGAUGUGGCUAUUACCUUUGGCAGGACCCAACUCAAAUGGAGUCCACCCUGAAAAAUCUCAAGAAUAUAUAGAAGAUGAUCAAUUAAACCUACCUUGGCCUCCAGAUGGUGGACAUCAAGAAAUCACAAUCAGGAAUCAACCUAUAUCUGAUGAAGAAUUACUAGAAAGAUAUCGUCAUGAUAUUCCUGGAUUGAAGAAAUAUCUUGAUCCAAGGUCGACUAUGAGACGGAAUGAAUGGAUGAAUGAUUUAGGGGAGACUUUGGAUGAUUUUGGAGUUGAUUUGGAGGCUGAAGAUAGUGAGAAUGAAGAAUUAUUGAUAAGAACUUCGGAGUAA